AUGGGUAUUGACAACGGUGUGCACUUUACUCAGCACCUCAGCUAUGACAUUGGGGGCGCCUGUGGCCGUGUGCUCCUGCGAAAACCGAAGUUGUGCGAUGACAGUGUUGAACAAUACAGUGGCUAUUUUACUGUUGACCCAAGGCUCAACAAGAAAUAUUUCUUCUGGUUUUUCGAAUCGAGAAAUCGCACUGUACGCCCACCCACUACCCUAUGGCUCAGUGGCGGCCCCGGGAUGAGUUCAAUGCUAGGCUUGCUGAUGGAGAAUGGUCCUUGUAGGGUACAGAAAAACUCUACUACAACGUUCAAUCAAUAUAGCUGGACGGAGUCUUCUAACAUGCUUUGGGUUGACCAACCGCCUGGUACUGGUUUCUCAACGGGGGCGUAUGAUCGGGACGAAGAGGAGGUCUCAGAGGAUAUGUAUAUAUUCCUUCAAGCAUUCUUCCGGCGCUUCCCACAUUUCAACGAUCGAUUCUUCAUCACGGGAGAAUCUUUUGGUGGACAGUACGUACCUUCGCUAGCUGCGACGAUAAUCAAGAAGAACGAUGAAAUAAGGGCUGAGGGUUCAUUGCCCGGCAGAGUGCUCAUAGACUUUCGUGGGAUGGCUAUUGGUAACGGAGUGACAGUGCCUGGAAUACAGCUGCAAUGGUAUCCCCAAAUGGUAACAGUGUAUGUCCACUCGGUCAUCAGCUGUGAAGUCUGCAUUAACGCGUGGUUGACAUUUGAAACUGCGAUGAUGAUGCCUAUUAUCACUGCCGGAUAUAACAAGUAUGAUUUGCGUAAACGCGGAGAAUACAAUUUCACGCCGAUGAACAGAUAUCUAAACAACCCCCUGGUCAUGAAAGACCUAGGAGCCUUGAGACCUUGGAGAUCCGACUCUCCUGGGGUAGCAUUGCACCUCCGACCCACCGAGUUCUCACGUUCCUGUGCCUCUGACGUCAAGCUUGUAUUAGACAGAGGUCUCCGAGUACUGAUAUAUGCUGGGGACCAAGAUUAUCUGUGUAACUGGCUCGGCAAUCAAGCAUGGACCAAUGCCCUCCCCUGGGCUCACCAAUCAGAAUUUGGUCGGCAAAAGCCAAAGCCAUGGGGCAAACGAGACGAUGGAGGAGUGCUGGUGAUGCCAGUUGGCCAUCUCCAGCAGUACGAGAACUUUGCGUUUCUACGAGUCUAUAAUGCAGGACAUAUGGUUCCUAUGGACAAGCCAUCGGAGGCACUGUACAUGUUCGAUCAAUUUGUUGAAGGCGACAUAUUUCACACGCACUCUUGA